CAGAUAUGGAUUUUAAAACUGUAUAUCUCUGUUCGUAUUUAUCUAUAUUGGGACACGUCGACAGAAAGUACAGACACCGUCAAUAGUUAAAUUGACAAUAUUACCGAUCUGUUGUUCUAGAGAGCUCGCUCUUCAAAUAGAAUGCUCACAAGAGCUUUUAAAGUACGACUAUUGCAGUUAAAUCCUUUGAAGCGGCAGCCAUAUUGGAACUUGUGCGUCCUUGGUAACCCACAGAGGGGCUUAGGUAUAUACUGGACGGGUGUUAGUAUUACGUUGCGUGUAACAGUAGGAGGUACAAUGUGACGCUGUGAGGCCAAAUAACACUAGAUGAAGAUGAACGGAGUUUCAGAUGACGGUGCGGAAUGUCACUUUCGGUACCGUCAUCUUGAUGACGUCAUUGAGAGCGACCAGACUCACCAGAAGCGGGCGGCAUUGGAGGCCCCGCUCCGGUAUGAACAUCUCGCUGAAGAGGAGAGGGCGAUGGUGGAAAAGCUACUGAUGGGUGGCCUCCCCAGGGCGGAUAUGCCCGAGCCGUCGCCAAAAAUUGUCAGACUCUACGUCAGUUCCGCCGGAUAUGAUACAGAGGCUGAGAGGACUGCGUUCAUGCUGCACGUCUACCCGGACAUGCGCGAAUACUGCCGGGACCAGUACGGCAUUGACUUCCAGGCUAUUGACUUGAAGUGGGGCGCUAAGACAGAAGGAAUUGUUCCCAUGCCAACCGACCAGACCUGUUUCCGGGAAUUCCGCCAUUGUCGUCAAACUUCCAUGGGACCUGUCUUUCUGGGUUUGAUUGGUCAAAAGCACAGACGUUACAGCCCUCCGGAGGAGAUACACAGGUCAGAGUUCGAGAGAAUUUACGAGGCUUUGGUCAACAAUGAUCAUGACGUCACGUUGUUGGAGACGUACUACAAAGAGGACACGAACGUCACGCCAAUAGUACGUCGUCUGACCGACCCUGUCGACAUCAUGGGCUGUGCUCUCCCCGCCAGUACAUACACGUUAGCUAAGCUACAACACCUGUUAGCUACAGGAGCAGACCUGUGUCUUACGGACAAAUCAAUCAAUGAGACGGACUACCAGAAAUAUCAGGCCUCAGAUUUGCACAUGGAAGGACUCUAUGAACUGUCGCCUGAAUCUAGAGCAGAGAAAAGUUUGAUUUAUAUACGGGAUUUCACUAAUAUGGAUAAGCUUCUGAGUGAUAGCGCCAAACAUGAAUACAUAGAUUUCAAUCCAAUUACCAAGGAAAUUGAUAAAGCAAGUGUUCAAGAACUUGACGACCUCAAAUCCACGCUCAAGUUUCUUCUUCCAAGUGCAAACAUAAAUGAAUCGGAAAUAGAAUGGGCUGGAAACGGUUUGAAAAAUUCGAAACGAGACGAAUAUCUUCAAAAAUCCUCUCGAAAAAUGUUCAGUUCCCUGAAAACGCUUAUCGACAGGGCUGUGGAAAAACGGAACCCUUUGGUAGAAGAUGAACUUUACAACGAAGUGUUACAGCAUCAUAACAUAGCAGCAAAACUGUGUCCGAACGUCCACGGCCGUUCUGAAAUCCUGGCUGCCGUGAAGGGGUAUCUACUCUCUGAAACGGACCAACCCCUAGUCAUCUGUGGCGAAGCCGGGAGUGGAAAGUCAUCGGUCAUGGCAAAGAUAGCUUUAGAUAUCAAUGUUGCUAUACAGAACAACGAUUUAGCCAUGAGAACUUCAAUCAUUUGUCGAUUUUUAGGGAAAACUCAGAAAUCUCUUACAGCACAGCAACUGUUAUUUUCGGUGUGUCACCAGCUCGCUUUUGCUAUGGGGAAAUACCGUCACGAAGUCCCCAGCGACUAUAAGACCUUAAAACUCUACUUCAUUGACUUGCUACAACGUGGUGAGUUUGGUGGUAUGGUCAUCAUUCUGCUUGAUUCACUGGACGUAUUGUCCACAUGCGACAAUGGGCACAAACUUGAAUGGCUGCCGUCUCGAGUAGCGGCCAACAUCAAACUCGUUGUCACCACCAGUAUGGAAAGUAAGGGCACUCUACAACGUCUGACGAACAAGUGCCCCACAAACAUCCACGAACUUAGUCCAUUCAGUCCCACGGAUUGCGAGGAUAUUGUGAAACAUCUCAUGAAUACUCGUGAACUUGCUGUGACGUAUAACCAGUGGAAAACGAUCAAAGACGCUUUUAAAGGGUCGACUCUGCCACUGUACGCCACAUUAGUCUUCAGUGAGGUGUGUCGAUGGACAUCGUAUGAUGACCCGAACGUCACAUUAUUGGGUUCGUGUGUCGAAGAGAUAGCAGAGUCCGUGUUGGAUCGUCUGGAGCGGAAGCACGGUCGAUGUCUCGUAUCCACCGUACUGGGGUAUAUCACAGCAGCGAAAGCAGGACUCAGCGAGAACGAACUUUUCGAUAUUCUGUCAGUGGACGAUGUGCUCUUAAACAAUUUAUAUGUAGAAUGGCAUCCGCCAAUCAGACGGUUCCUGCCAAGACUAUUCACGGUCAUCAAACAUGAACUGAUUGACUACAUCGAGGAGCGAGAAAUGGACGGCAUUUUAGUCUUGUUUUGGAAAUGUCGACUGUUUUCAUCCGUAGCGGAAUACCGCUAUCUCGAAGACGAGACAUUCUCACAGCAAAUUCACACAAACAUCGCCGACUACUACUUGGGAAAAUGGAGUGGGGCAAGCAAAAAACCAUUUCAAUAUCCAUCGACGCUUUUGGCAAAACAAAAGAUGGGGAACUCCGAGAGUGAAGCCUGUCGAUUACUGCCCCGGCAACCCUACUUAUUUGGAACGUCAGAAGUGGAUGAACGAUACAAUCUCCGAAAGAUGACACAGCUUCCUUAUAGUCUGAUGAUGAGCGACCGAUACGAUGACCUUCGUGAAAAAGCUUUUUGCAACUUCGAUCAUCUGUACUAUCGCAUAAAGUCGUCUUCUUUGCAACAGCUGCUGACAGACAUCGACAUGUUUGAGGACAGACAGACAGCGUUGGUUGGCGACGCACUCAGAAUGUCAGGAUCUGCUCUGGAGAUGGAUUUAAACGCGUUAGGGGUCGAGUUAACGGGACGACUGAUUCCGCAUAUCAAGACCUACCCAUACAUCAAGCAGCUCAUACGUCAAUGCGAUCUUGCCGAACAGAAGUUCUGUCCGUUAGUGCCAAAAUGUCAGAUAUACAGCGCCCCUGGUGGUCCACUGCAAUACGAAUGUGAUGUCGGCGGUAAUGUAUAUUGUCCGGUAGACAUCGACGUGUUCUCAAGCGAGGACGGCAUUUUACUGACAGCGAAACCUUACUAUAGCUCAAGAGUACGAGUGUGGGAGUUAUCACGAGGCGAUCCAAGACCAGACAUGAUGAUGCCAGUCGGAGAAAUCCAUCCGACAAGAAACGGCAAAUAUCUAAAUGUUUUCCAGAAUGAUCGCUCGGUAAAAAUAUUUAAGUCAGACUGUGGAGAAUUGCAUGGAGAAGUUGAAUACGGGCUUGGCACCAUGUCUGAUCUGGAGGUAUCUAACAAGUAUCUGGUGUUUGCAAUAGAAAAGGGUGCUGGACCGUACGUUAUCGAUCUUACACGAUGUGUACUUCUGCACAAGUUCAGCUUUCAUACACACGCGGUUGCAAUCAAUCCAAACGAAACUCAUUUAACAUUUAACUCCGGAAGAACGCUCAUUCUGUAUGAGCUGCCUCUAAUGGAGCGACGAUGCGUCGCACAAACGAGUGAUGUUCCACAGGACAUCAUUUUCAUUAGUAAAUCACUCACAUGUUUUGUCCUCACUAGGAGCAAGAUGGUCGAAUCAGUAUUCUUUGACAUUUUCAACAGGAAGUACCAAACGAACUGUAUCCUUACUGACCUCGAAACCAAGGAGUGUGUUCUUUCACACACCGAGAAAUACUUACUAGUUCGUUCCGCAAAAUGUUUGUACCAAGUGAAUGUCGAAACAGAAAAGAUCAUCAGGAAGUACCAACAACUCCCAAAUGGAGUAUUUGUAGACCCCUCAUCUCAAUACACUGGGGCUGGAUUCACACCAGAAGACGAGCUGAUCGUGGCGUCACGUUACACGUAUUUGGCAGUUUGGAGCGCAAAGAACGGAGAACCACUUCGUGUUCUUCAGGCAUCCGUGUCUCCGAUCACGAAGAUAUUCACAUCCGACGCGGUGAACAAGUGCGUCAGCCUUCUUGAGGACAACUCGUUCCAGGUUUGGAAUCUGGAUAAUUUGGAUUCAGACAUCCUUCACUCAAACGAAGUCUUUCCAGGACCUGUCAAAGGAGUAUCAGUUUCAUCUGCAUCAGGGAAAGUGGUUGUCUAUGAAAGUCGAGUCCCGGAAGCAAAAGUUUUGAGCAUGGACGACGGUCGAGUAUCAGAUAUCCUUCAGCAUAGCCUUGAAUCUGAAGACAAGAUCAAGGAGGUACUGUUCUCACCAAACGGUCGGUAUAUACUUACACGUGCGUAUCGAACAUCAGAUCAAGAUGAAGACAAUGCAGAAUGGAAGGUCUUAAGAGAUGACAUUCUCUGGGAUAUGACGGCCAAUAGAAAAGUCUAUCAGCUGCAAAAUGAUAGGUUCGUAGUUUUCAGCAAGGACAGUAAGCUAUGCCUGAUGAUCGCCUGUCACAAGCAUUCACAAUUCGACUGGACAGAAAAUGCCUACAAUCUUGUCCUUCUUCAGCCGGACUCGGGGAAUAGCGCAUCUAUUGAUUUUCCAAAAAACACAGAGUUUGUUUCCGAUCCGAAAAUUCUAACAACGGAUACGACAAAUUAUUUCAUGUGUGUCGUACAAACGUGUAUGAAGAAGGAAAGUCCGGAAUCAUUUAUGGAGUCUGUCCGCUGGCACGAAAUACGUCUUCUAGUCAGAGAUCUUUCACAUGCUGGGAACGAAUGUGUUUACCUGAGAGUACAAAAUGCUUUACCUGAUGCAAACGAAACUACACAGUUCCUCGACGCAUUUCCCGUCGACAAUGACAAUGUCUUACUCAUCUAUGGAAACAAUGUGGAGAGCUACACUUUCGAUGCUGCGUUAGGAAUUGUCAGACCCCAAACCAUUGAAAAAGGAACAUUGCUCUACAACGUAGAGAAAGAAGUCUGCCUCAAACAUAUCUCGUCUUUUCUUGAACCAAGUACUGACAUUAACCACAUACAAUUUUCCUCUAAGUUCAGUGUUGUCCUCGACAAUAAGACGAACAUCUACAGCGGAAGUAAUUACACAACUAAGUGUAAGUCAGACAUGGAGUUCGCACCCAACACUGCAUGUUUGGCAUUGGACGGAAGGUAUGUGGUAGGGCUUUCGUCCAAUUUCAGAGAAGUGAUCGUGACACGUUCGAGCGACGGUUUUUUGAAGGGUCAUCUGUUCGUACAUGGUCGAGCAACUUGUUUAUCCGUGGCUGCUGACGAUAGAACAAUUGCGGUAGGGUGUGAAGAUGGACGCGUACUUAUUCUGAGCCUAAUCCUGGAACUUUCUGACCCAGUCACAGAUAUAAUUGAACGCUUUCCUAGUCGAUUGCAUGUACCUGAUUCGAGCAGGUCUAGCGAGAAGGAACUCAUCAAGGAAGACAUCCGACGCAUGUCGUGUAAGACACCGGACCUGGUGAGAUUGUCGGCCCGGAUACAGAGCGCCAGAGCAGAAAACAGACGACCACCCUCGCGUCAGAUGAUAUCAACUGCGGUAAGGAUAUCCAGGCAAGCCAGCCAAGUGAGAUCCGAAGCUUGUGUCAUUCAAUAGGGGAACUGGUAUUGAUAGGGAUAGCAAAAGGAAUAUAGGGCAAAUAUCAUAUUCUAGUUCUGGUUCGUCAAAUUAGUGAAUAUUUAUUUUUAAAAGAUUAUUAAAAUGUUUGCUCAUAACUGAAGCUCAACCCUGCAGAAAUGUUUAUAGUUAGCACACAAAUUAAUUACAAUGUAUUAUAUCAUGAAAAAAGAGUUUUUCAUAUUUAUUCAUAUACAUAACAGAAAUGUAUGUAAAGGUAUUUUGUAGAUCUCAAGUCUUAUCAUACAAUUAGACAAACAGGAUGUUUUUUAAUAAACAUUGUAAUGCGUGAAUAAUUAUGGCAUUUACAGGGAAUGUGAUGACAAAACUUUUUUUUAUUAUCAUAAAAACUAAAACCCAUUGUUAAAAUUCUGCUUUAGCGUAUAUAUCGUGCACAUUUGUUCAAUGAACAGAACAGCUAUCUUCCCUGGAGAGUCAGUGGUAUCCAACAACACAACUACGACGUCAUAAUAAGGAUGACGUCAACACAUAUGUCAUGACAUUAAAAGUAUAUAUGAAUGCCAUCAAGUAUGAACAUUUGGUAGGGUUAUAUUGUGUCAACGCUUUUAUACAGAGGUAAACAUUACCAAUCAAACACCAGCGACAUCAUUCAGUAAUUAGAUGAGUGUUUACAAUUUCGUGACAGGCCUCAAUUUGUCAGUUAUGAGGAUCUCAUCAUAUUAUAUAACGUGCCAACAACUUGUCUAUGUUUUAUUAUAUUAUAUAUUAACACAUUAUAUAACAUUCCUUACCUCUUGAGAUGUGUUCUGUUUGCAUCAUAAUAUAGGAAUAAGUAAAGGGAGGUAACUGGACUUCAUUCAUUUUCUGAUAUGCAUGUGCACUGCCAACUCUUUUGACAAUUCAAGUGAAACCAUCAAGCAAUAUUUCUCAGACUUGCUGCGGAUCCCACUAUAAGCUUAAGAACACAGCCUUCUAGCAAAACUGAACACUUUGCUAAUCUGAUCAUUCAUUGCAUUUAUUUUAGUGUUUGUAUUUGAAGUGAAUUUAUUUCAUCUAAAAUUUAUUUCAUCUAACUUAUAAAAUGCCUCUGUAACAUCUAAUAAGUUUUCUUACACGGACUUAUUGUGAAUUAUUAUAUCCCGACUUUUCGAGAUUAUAUGGUUUUAUGUUCAUGAAUUAAUUAUUGUGUCUUAUAAUGAUAUUUGUAAUACUGUUGUACUUUGUAGAUAUGAAAUGCAAUUUUAGAUAAGAAUCCCAUCUUUCACAGGUUAUUGAAGCAUUAGAACAUUAAAAUGUUUCAGUUUUGUCAAAUAAUAUUAAUAUAAUUAUAUACAUAGUUAAAUUAUUCAGUUUCAUUGUUGUGUAUAUAGUAAACAAAGAUCUAGAAAUCAACAGUUUGUUUAGGAUAACAGAGGGUUUUUUGAGAACUUCAAAUUAGAGUUCUGCAUAACGAGUUUAAAUAUUUAAAAUGUAUAUACUUAUGUAUCUAUAGUGUCAAUCUGAAGGUGCCAACACAGUGCGUACCGUAUUUGAUAUAAUUAUCAGCACCUGGAACCUUUAUAGAAGUGAGAAAACUUUAACUUUUUUUGAAAUAUCAAAUGCACGAUACUUUUUCUAUUUUGCUUGAUUCGAAAAGCAGAAUAUUGUAAAAUGAAAAAAAAACCCGUUGUAAAAUGAAAAAUAUACAGACUAUCAGGUAACAAUAAUGACUUGUUAGACCAUGAGGCUAUUUUGAACUCCAUUAGAAUAGAAAUCUUGUUUUUAGGGUUGAAUACAUACAUCAAAUACAGGUAUUUGCUCUUUCAUCAACUGUGAUAUGUAUAAAACAAAUGUUAUAUAAACGACAAUAUAUGUAUGUUCAUUGUAUGUAUACAUUCUCUCGAAUGUAGAUUUUUUUCUUCAUAUUUAAUGAUAUGUUCAAAUGUUCAACUUCAAAAGCAUGUUUUCGAUGCUGUGUUUGGUUUACAACUUCAUAAAUACGUAAAGUCCCGCAUGAGAAUUAAGAUUUUUUCGGAGGGUGUAUUAAAAGGAAAAAAAUAGUUGCCAUUUCCGCGAUAGGUCAUCUUCUUCAAUCUUGGUCUAUACCAGAUAUACUUUCUACAUCAUGUAUACCGAAGAUUACUGUAAACGUACUUUUAUUUCAGCAUUCAAAUUUCAGCGCAAUAUCGAAUUUUAAAAGAUUGGCGCUUUGAAGAAAUGGCACACACAGACAAUCUGCGAUAGAAAACAAUAUACAGGAACAUCGAUUUGUGCGUACUUUCUAAAAUGCGAAAAACGGUAAAAUAUACUUUAUAUGUCUCUGCUUCACUUCCAUAUCAUUUUUUGCGAAGCAAUAGUUGCAUAUUCCUUGUUUACAUUUUCUGAAUAAAUAUUCGUGAUAUGCUUGAAAUCGGGAGAGUAAUUCCUCGUGAAUCUACGUGCAAAUUUCACUUAUUGUAAAGUCUGGGUACAAACACAUCAAGUCUGUCAUCUGUAAUUGCAAUCAUCAAACAAUUACAGAAUCUGAAUAAAAUAUUUGAU